AUGUCGAUUCAGGCUUUGUUUUAAAAAAUUGAUAUAUUUUCUCAAAUAUUUUCAUUUUAAUUUGGAAAAACAGAUAGAAAAAAUAGAACGUGCUUGGGUGGAGUUUUGUCCGCUGUCAUAAUUAUAUUAUGUUCCAUUUAUUUAGGAUAGUUGCUUGAUUUAUAUUUUGGAAACAAAUUGCUCCCUAAGAUUAUAUCUACAACACAAGCAAUAUAAUUCACAGAAAGACAAUCUUUAAAUUUUGAAAAAUCACCUGUCUUAUUUUUUUUGUUAUUUAAUGGUUAUCCACUUGAAUAAUUUGAAGCUAUGACUGGUAAAAAGUAUAUGAACAUUGAUAUUUACUAUACCUAGUAUUAUAUGAAUAUGACAAAGUAGUAUAUUCUACCUUAAAUUGAUUGUGGUUUAGUUUAUCCUAACCAAACCUUUGAUGGAUAUAGAUGUAUAGAUUUUAAUAGUAUUGAUAUUGACAAAAAAUCUCUUACUUUCUCAGGAGAUUUUUAAACUUCAUAUGAAAUUCACUUUUCUUCUUGCUCUGGAGAAAUUAAUUGUGCGCCAGAAUAGGAAACAUUACAAUACUUAACCUAGUAUAAUAGUACAUUAUUUGCUCAUUUAGUAACACAUAUUCAAAAAACUACAUCUACGAUUUAGUAAGGUUUUAUGCUUCAAGAUUCAUCUUAAAAAGACUAUAUAUCAAAUAUUCAUAGAUUAGAUACUUAAUAUACAAGAAAUAAUAUAAAAUCAAAGAUUAAUUUUGAAGGAUAUGGCUUUUUAUUUAUCUAUUUAGAUUAAAAUUAUAAUUAGAUUGUAUUCUAAUUUCCUAUGAUAACUGAAGUCUUAUCUCAGUGUGUUUGCGUGUUUAACAUUUUUUUUGUUUUUGGUUAUUUUGCUUCAGCCUUUUCUCGAUACUAAAUUGUAGAAAAAUUAAGCGGAGUUUACUUGAAAGAAUACUUUAAAGGUACAGCAGCUUAUUUGAUUCAAAAAUAGUAAAAUUAGAGUCCAAAUAUAGAUUUAAAUCGCUCAUAUGCUGAAGAAAUAAUCAAAAUUCAAGAAUAGAUUAAUAACACAGAUUUUUAAACAAAUCUUCAUAAAGUUUGCAAAAUAAACUUUUUUUAAAGGAUAAGAUUAAUGAUUCUACGUUGGAUAGGAUUGGAUAAGUAGAAUCAAAAUGAAGAAGAUAUUUAAAAAAGCAUAUAUGAAAAGAUAAUUGAUUACACUCUUUCAUAAAUGGAUAUAUUUUAAGUUUAUAAGUAAUUAAUUCACCUAAAUAUGGCAAUUAAACUCAUUCUUACAAAAGAGUAAUAUGCAACUUUAAAAUUUUGCGGAUGUAAUCUAGAUGAAUCUUUAGAAUUAUUAAAUUUUGAUGAUAAAAUCAACAAAAAUAAUGUUCUUUAAUAAACAUAAUUAAGCUAAAUUUAAUAGCUGAAUUAUUCAAUAAAAUAAGACAUUAAUCUAUCUAAUACAAAUUAAACACUUUCCAAAAUAAAACUAAGUUAUGCAACUUAAAAAUCUAUGAUUAAUAAUUCACCUCAGAGAGUAAAUAAUACCAUAGAUAUUGAUUCAUAACUUAUGCUCUUUGAAAAAAGUAAGGAUUUCAUAUUAACAAAAGAACAAGGAGUUGAUAAAUAAAACCAAGCACAAAAAUUAGAAAAUUUAUAAAAAGGUAAUUUGAAAAAGAAAAGUCAGUUAAUAGGCUCUACAAAUUAAUAAGAGGUAAAUUAUGAUAAAUAAAUAGGGCUUGAUGAUGCUUCACCCUAAAUAUGCAAGGAGAGUUAUACUGCAAAAAAUCCUUUAAUCUUAUCCAAACUAAAUUCUAUGAAAAAUAAAAAGGAUAAAGAAAAACAGUAUUAAUAAUAGAAAGAUAAGACAUAUUCUUUUAGCAGUAUGAAUAACAGUAUUAUAAAAAGUAACUUUUUGGAUUCUCAAUAGAAUAAUAAAAUUACCAAAGCUUAAGGAGAUGUUGAAACUGAACUAAGUGAAACCUGCUUUCAAAAUUUAACAAAUAAUUUAAAUUAGAAACCAAGUAACUUGAGGUUGAAUUUACCGUUUUUAGAAAAUGAAGAUUUCGAAGGACAUUAAAGCUAUAUUAGUAAAUAAAUAAAUCACAUAGAAGAGUUAAACAAACUAGACAAAGAUGAAAAGCUGUAAAAGGCAGAACUUUAUAAUUUUUUGAAUAAAUUCUAAAAUAAUAUCAAAUCGAUAUCAUAUAUUGAUAAAAAUAUAUUCAACUCUUUAAUCAUAAAUUACAAAAAUUCAAAUAUACUUUGA